CAAGAUGCUAUAUAAGAACGAGCACUUGUUGACGGUAGCAAUUUUGUUGCUAGAGCCAAUCUGAUUGACACUGUUUUGUGAAGUAUAAACUUUUCCUCAAGUACAGUUAUGUUGCGCCUGAUCGUGGUUUUUGCAUUUGCUUUGGUGAUUAAUAUGGCCACAACUGAAGAGCAUGAUGAGGAACUGUUGAACCGUGCGAGGCCGCCAAAAGAGGCCGAGGAGCUACAAGAUUUGCUGGUUGUGUCUAUACAAAACAUUGUGUCUCUGAACGACCUCGUCACCCAACUUACCAACAAAAUCGUUCAAGUCAUGCUAUCUGUAGCUGAACGUAAAACGGAGAUCGAGGUUUUGAAGAAGUCGCACUCGGAAGCCAUUACUGAGCUGAGGAAUAAGAUCGAUAAUGUGGAAACAGAACAGAACUCAACACUGACAGCAUUGGCUGAUGAUGUACGGGCAGUUACAGAACAUUUCACCUCAACUGAUGCUGCUAUUGAAGAAGUCAAAGAGGAUCUAUCUCUGAUGUCAAGGGAGGUUACAAUUGUAAGUGCUGAGGAUGGAGUGAAAGAUCAGAGGUGUGCUAAAGUAUGCGCAGGAACAACAGGUAAGAAGACAACGAAUUGGGUCAACUUCAGCUCAACUGGAAUCUAUACAGAUGUGGAUAUGAGCGGGUGUGGUUUCGUCAGCAUUCCCACAAUCACAACAUCCCUUGACGGAACAACUGCUCACUGGGACACUACUGGCAGCUCAGAAAUCUACAGUAGCACACCCACCUCAUUUCGGAUAUACAUUAAAACUCCGAGCGCUGAUCGGCGUGGCCGGGCUAAUGAAUAUUCAUGGAAUAUUGAGUGGGUUGCUGUUGGCUUUACUUGCUAGAGACAGUUUGCAAGAAUGAUAAAAUGCUGUAACGACGAGCAAUUGAGCUUCACAAGAAGGCAAUUUAGACUAUUUUAAUAUUUAAUGCUAAUAUUUUUCACAACAAUAUGACUCUUAUUAUAUGUUUCCUUACAAGUUACUAUUAUCUAUCUUUUAGACGAACAUAAUUAUACUGUAGCCAUUAAUUUCAGAAAAGAGGUUUUAAUAUUCAAGUCGAUUGGACGAUUGCUGAAGAUCUUUAUUAAAAAUAAUGAUUCACUAUUGUUUACUGUAGAAAUAGUAUUCUUUUUUUUU